GGUCGGAGUGCACUCUGGCCUGUCUUGGACAGCCCCGGAAACCAUUCCCUCUCUUGAAAAAGACACAUUGAUAUGACCAUUGAUUUUAAUGAAAGAUGAUUGAAAGUGAAAAUUUAAAUCGAACAGAAAUCAUUAAAGAACUGUGUCUGUGCAAUGGUUUAAAUUACGAGGCGGUUGGACAAGAAGGAUCCGACGCGUCAAAGCUAGAGAUGUUUUUCUCGGGUUACCCCCGCAUAGUCGGAUUAUCACUGUUUCAUAAUUUAUUAAGUCUCACGAUUGUUGCUCAAGAGAUAAAGGAGAUCUCAGGGUUGGAGACCUGCUCACAGCUUAAAGAACUCUGGAUUGCUGAGUGCUGCAUAGAGAAAAUUGAAGGCCUUCACGAAUGUAAAAAUUUGGAAAAAUUAUAUUUAUAUUACAAUAAAAUUUCAAAAAUAGAGAAUUUAGAGAAAUUGGUAAAACUGGAAGUUCUCUGGCUGAACCACAACAUGAUAGGAAAUAUUGAGGGCCUGCAGACGCUGAAGAACCUAACUGAUCUCAACCUUGCAGGAAACCAAAUAAGCAGCAUUGGUCGAUGUCUUGAUCCCAAUGAACAACUGGAAAAACUAAACCUGUCUGGAAAUCAAAUUACUUCUUUCAAGGACCUUACUAACUUGACCAGGCUGCUCCACCUAAAGGAUUUAUCUCUGAACGAUCCUCAGUAUAAAACCAACCCAGUGUGCCAGCUCUGUAAUUACUCCACGCACGUGCUGUACCACUUGCCGACGCUUAAGCGACUCGACACAUUCGAUGUAUCAGCCAAGCAGAUCAAGGAUCUAGCAGACGCCACAGCAAUAAAAAAAAUAAUGUAUUAUAACAUGCGAAUAAAAACUGUUCAGAGACAUCUGAAUGAAGAACUCGAAAAACUGAAUGACAGGAAAAGCAAGUUGCAGAAGCUACCAGAAGAACGGAUAAAAAUAUUCAGCUAUGCAAAAAAAAACUUAGAACAGGAAUUGUCUGAACUCCAGGGAUCUGGUAAAGAGCCAAAUGAGAACGCACCAGAGGCUGAGAAGCCCAGGAAUAACGAGACACAGGAAUCAGUUAUGCAUCAGAAGAUGCUGGCCAAACUGAGCGCUCUGGAUGAGAGGAUCACGUUCUGGAACAAGAAACUACAUGAAAUUGAAACCAUUUAUCACAUUGAAGUCAAACAAACGAAGAAGAGGCGUGGCUUACUGAUCCUGUUUUUGCUCACGGAGCUGGAGACGGUGGGGAAUAUCCAUUUUGAAGAAGGCACUCGAUCUGAUGACUGGUUUAAUUCCUGCUAUGAGCUCAUCCUCUCACGUUUCUGCACCUGGGACUUCAGAGCGUACGGCAUCACGGGCGUGAAGGUCAAACGUGUCAUCAAAGUUAACAACCGCAUUCUGAGACUGAAAUUUGAAGAGAAAUUCCAAAAGUGUUUGGAUCAAGAAGACGUACAUGAUUCGGAGACCUAUCAAAAGAUGCUUGAGUGCCUUUUCUAUGUUUUUGAUCCUGAAAUGACGGUAAAGAAAAAGGAUCUGCUACAGAUACUUGAAAGGGGAUUCAGAGAAUGCGAAGCCAACAAGUCCCCUUUCAGGAAAGAAGCCGUUGCCCUCGUGAACAGUCUGAGCAUGUGUGAGUGCCCCCGAAUUGAGUUCCUCAAGCAGAAGUGUAAGGAUGAGAUGAAGAGCCCGCUUGAUUGUGACCUCUUCAGACAUGGCACCAUCAUCAUUGCAAAGGUUUUUCUUGGCCAGAGUGUCCAGGCUCGUGACGAGGAGCCCAUCAGUAAAGCCAACUAUCCCAUGGUCAACUCUGUGUUCAUUCCUCAGAGGCACGUCUUAAGACAAAGAAAUUGCGAUUGCAGCUUUCGGCAGUACAAGUGGUUUGUCUUUGACCAUGACCUUGUUUUGCCAGAGUACAUUGUUGAAUUUGAGUAUACCACAAUGGUCAAAGUUCACUCUUUAUUUUCUACCUUAAACAACGUUAUUCUAGAAGAUGGCAAAAAAUAUUCUGAAGGAUCAGUGCUAUCACAAGAUUUGAAAUUUGAUGAAGAAGUUCUGAAGAUGGAGCCCAGGAUUAAGCCCCGCUCAAAACUCAUUAGUUUGGAUGAUAAGACUAUCAUUUCCCUUGCUAAGACUAACAUUUACAGCCAUAUUGUGAAUCUGAAUCUGCAUGGGAACAGCUUGAGUAGACUGAGAGAGCUUUCCAAGUUGACUGGACUCCGAAAGCUGAACAUUAGCUUUAAUGAGUUUACUUGCUUAGAUGAUGUGUACCAUUUGUACAACCUUGAGUAUUUGGACGCCAGUCACAACCACGUGAUAACGCUCGAGGGAUUCAGGGGCCUGAUGAAACUGAAGCACUUGGACCUGAGCUGGAACCAGCUGAAGAAGACCGGCGAUGAGAUCAACGUGCUGUGCAAGCACACCACCAGCCUCCUCACCCUCGACAUCCAGCACAACCCCUGGCAAAAGCCAGCCACAUUGAGGCUGAGUGUUAUUGGCAGACUAAAGACGCUCACGCACUUAGAUGGACUCCUCAUCUCUGAAGAAGAAACCAGAGCAGCUCUGAAGUUCAUUAGUGGAACAAAGAUUACUCAGUUAACUCUCUUACAGCACUCUAGUUCUAAAGAAGAAAGACCUCGGAUGCUUACUGUAUGGCCUUCUGCCAAAAUCCUGACACAGAUUUCAAAGUUAGGACCACAUUUUCAUCUGACUGGAAACUGGCACCUGAAGAUAACUGCCUUAAAUUUAGAUGGACAACAUCUCUUUGAAAUCACAAAUCUAGAAAAAUUGGAGAAUUUGAAAUGGGCAUCGUUCAGCAACAAUAACCUCUCCAAGAUGGAAGGCUUGGAGUCCUGCGUCAACCUGGAGGAGCUGACAUUGGACGGCAACUGCAUCUCAAAGAUAGAAGGCAUCUCCAAAUUGACUAAAUUAAGCCGCCUCAGCAUGAACAACAACCUCCUCACUGGCCUGGAAAAGCAUACCUUUGAUAACAUGCUUCACCUCCACUCCCUCUCCCUUGAGAACAACAGGAUCACAUCGCUGAGCGCCUUACAAAAGACGUUCACUCUGGUGGAGUUGUACGUCAGCAAUAACUACAUAGCUGUGAACCAAGAGAUCAACUGCUUGAAGGGUUUAUGCAACUUGAUCAUCCUAGACAUGUAUGGGAACAUUAUUAUUUGGAACCAAGAAAACUACCGGUUGUUUGUAAUAUUUCAUCUUACAGAACUGAAGGCCUUGGAUGGCAUCUCAAUUGACUCACUAGAAAUUGAGUGUGCAAAAGACCUGUUUGGUGGUAGGCUCACCUCUGACAUGAUUGCCGAGCGACAGGGACACUCAAACUUUGUCCAAAUGCAGGAACUAAACUGGACUUCAUCAUCUAUCAGGGCUGUGGAUCUGAUUCCCGUUGACCACUUCAGGAACAUAAGCAGUGUGAAUCUCCAGAACAACAACCUCACCUCAUUCAGCGGCCUCAUCUACCUGCCCAACGUGAAGGUCUUAUGCCUCAACUACAAUCACAUUGAAUCAAUCAUGCCGAGGGUAAAACCUCAAACUCACUUAAGCAACAGGCAGCUGCUGUACCAGAAAGUCCCUUCAAGUGGCUAUGGACAGCAAGGAAUCUCUAAACUAAACAGAGAUCUAGGAAACAAUGAAAAUUUGCCUCCAAUAAUGCAAAGUUUAGAGGUUCUUCAUUUGGGAUACAAUGGAAUUUGUAACUUGCUUCAGCUACAGCUUAACAGAUUAAGAAACUUAAAGUUCCUCUUUCUGCAGGGAAAUGAGAUCAGUCAGGUGGAAGGGCUGGACAACCUGGUCGUCCUGCAGGAGCUGGUGAUCGACCAUAACCGCAUCCGAGCGUUUACGGACAGUGCUUUCGCCAAGCCAAGUGCCCUGCUGACCCUUCAUCUAGAGGAAAACCGGCUCCGCGAGCUGGGCAAGCUGCAGCCGCUGGCGAAACUGGAGAAACUCUUCCUGGGCUACAACAAAAUCCAGGAAAUGUCAGAACUGGAAAAGCUUGAUGGUAUCCCUUCUCUCAGAGAGCUUACUAUUUAUGGUAACCCGAUUUGUAGAAAAAUGGUGCAUCGUCAUGUGCUCAUAUUCCGCCUGCCUAAUUUACAUAUGUUGGAUGGGAUUCCUGUAAAUUCUGAGGAUAGGGCAAAGGCUGAGUUUCAUUUCUCUGAACUACAAGCAAGGAGAAAUCUAAUAACCCAGAGUACUCUUCCCACUUCCAAGUCCCUACCGCAGUCACACCUGCAGACGCCUUUGCCCUGUAAGUUAGUUCCUGUUACCAGCUCUCCUACUGAUGCUGGGUCGUUCUGCCACGUUAAAGCCUCUGCCAUUAAAAUAACAAAUGUUAUUCUGCCUGCUGGAUUUAGCCAUUUCUUGGGACCUGACUUCACCUUAGCUCCUGAAGCUGAAGGUAUUUUUUCUCGAUCAGUAAAGCAGAGAAAAUGUAAAAACAAACAAACAAAAAAGAAAAAGAAUAGAGCCAUUCUUAAAAAUAAUCCUGGAGCAUCCAUAAAGAAACAGCUUUUUGGCAGCUCGGAGGAGUCGUCUGUCUCCUCCUCUUUUAUCGCACCAGACCAUUACAUCUCCAACUGCACAAAUGUACCAGAGCCAGCAACACGAAGGAAGCGUAGGGCUACCCCGAGCCGCCCAGCCCAACCGGAAGAGCCUACCCCCUUAGGGCUCGCUGUGCAGCGCCUCCCCCGCUGUGCAGCACCUCCCCGCCUGACUUUCCGGGAGCUGGCCGCCCUCCAGCUUCCCCGCGGCCCCACUGUCGCAGGUCCAGCUUCCUGCGCGGACCCCCUCACUGCAGCUCGAGCCACAGGGCCAGCGUCGGGUCGUGGAGACCGCCUCUCCACCCCGCCCCGCCCCUCUCCUCCAUCCGCCCGCCCCUCUCCUCCACCGCCCCGCCCCUCUCCUCCGCCCGCCCCGCCCCUCGCCGAGGAAACUCCUCCCACCCUGCGCCCCGCGUCGGCGCACACGAACCCGCCUCCAGCAGAGCCAUGGAGGAGGGAGGCGGAGCGAGACUCACAGCCCCGCCUCCCAGGGCCCCGCCUCCGAGCGCGCGUGCGCACUGCCCCCUGGGAGGCGCGAGCGCAGUUGAUGUUAGCCAUGGAAACGGGAGCGGUCCUGGAGGCCCCGGGUCAGCUGCUGAUGCGACCGCCAGCAUCGUCGGGCGGGAGCUCCCAACCGCCUUCACCAGGGGAGAUGUGGUCCCGGGACGCCCUCGCGUCGCCUCUCUCCUCCGGUGACUCCAGGUAUGUCCGUCUGCCGACACCCCUGCGACUUCGUUAG